AUGGUAGAAGUUCCCAUGGAUUGUGAAAAUAUUGUGAAACGGGUUUACACAAAUCAGAAAAUUGAAAAAGAUUUGGAAAAUCCGAUUGCUUUUAUCAGAAAUGUUUAUACCGUAAGUUAGAAUUUGUAAGAUCAACUUGUGAAAUCAAUUCUAGAUUUACGAAUUUCAAGAAAUAUUGCUCUCCUCAAUCUACCAUCCUUCAAACACAUAUUGUUAUUCUGUUGACAUUAAUUCAAAAACUGGAAUUUUUGAGAAACUUCAGAAAUUAUCUAGAUGUUUGCCAAAUGUAAUUCUAAAUCCCGUGAAAUAUGACUUCGAUUCGGCUGGACAUUUUCAAGAUCGAGCAAAUUUCAAAUGCUUGGAAUUGAUUUUGGAAAGAAAAUGGUAUCAUGCGAUAUUUUUGCAGAACAAUGACCUGGUUUUGAAAUCUGUAGAAGAGUUAGCUGAACUCAGUAACUUGCUGAAUUACACAAGUAUGAUAUCAUUCCUAAACACCCCGGAAAAUCGAUAUAUUCAUAAUGCUGACUGGACUCCGGCUGGUUUAAAACUUUUUAAGAAUGGUAACUUUUUGUUAGAAAAAACAAUAUUAACUCACAAUCAAGUAGGAAAUUUACAGAAGCUGAAGUCGCUGUGGACAUUCUACAUAAACCCUUGAAAAUCUGGAUGGGAUCGAAUCAAAAUGUUUUGUCAAAAACGUUUGCGAAAUCGAUUUUCGAGAAAUUAAACUUGGAAGGAAUUUUGAAUCGCUUCGAUCAGAAAGAGGUGAACAAGAAGUUUUCUAGAAGAACAACAUAAUUGUACUUUUUUCCUCUUCAGAUCUAUGGAGUUGAUGAGAUGUUUGUGCAAACUUUAUAUCGAAACAAUCUUGGAUUAGAAGGUCAACCAACUUCCGAUUGUUCUAGUAUAGUUGCGAAUUUUAUGCGAUUCGUUGAUUGGCAAGUGAACCCAACAUUCUUCAAUUCAAAGUGUAAAUCAAGAAUUUCAAGACAUGCCGUUUGUAUACUUGGAGUUGAAUAUUUACAAGACUUUACCGAGUCUAAUUUUGUGAUAGCCAAUAAAAUUCUGGAGAAUUUUGAUCUAGCUCCACUGAUUUGUAUGAAGCAGAUCGAUGAAGAGAGGAAGAUCAGGGGAAAGAAAACAUCGCGAAGAGAUCUUCAAGGAUAUCCGCAGUUUCGAGAAAUGGAAAUGAGGGAAAAUGGAAGUUAUAAUAAAUAUGAUUUCAGGUGUUAA